GAGAGAGAGAGCUCUCAUCGCAGUGGGAGGGUUAUUGAAGCAGCUGCCUCUCGGAGCUCUCCGGUAACGGAGACGGUAGACGGUAGACUGACUCGCACUGACGAUCCGCACACAUUUCAUUAUCAGACUCUCCACCUGAACCUGCAGCCUGACAGGAGAGAAGACAUAAAAAGGAACUUUCCUCUUUUCCCUCUGUGUUUGGAUGCUCUUGACAACACAUUACUCUUCAAAUCGGGGCGUCAAACUAAAGUCAUUACGCACGUUGUUGAUCCAUAAACCAAACCAGAUGGCGGUGAGUUGAAAUAAUCAUUAAACACAUCUGAGUGUGUUGUUGGGACGGGACCAGGUGGGUGGUUUUUUUUCCGCCUCUUUCGUAGCAAUUGAGAAAACUUCGGACGGACCUUUUUAUAUUCAUCUUUAAUUUUGUCAAGCAUCAUCAUCCACCUCCUCCUCCUCCUCCUCCUCCACCAACACCUCCUCCUCCUCCUCCUCUUCACUUGGUAAAACAACAGCCACCUCGGAGAGACCAGACUCCAGCCUGCCUAUACCAGCCUGUCAGCGGUCAAAGGGAAUCAAAAUAACAAUUACGCAGCUCAGUUUUGGACCCUCACAAGGAUGCUACUCCAUCACAGACACCAUCACCACCACUAGACGGUCCAAACAGCCGCUUCCAACAUGUUCAGCCGAGGUUAUGGUGGGGUGGAGUUACUGCUGGUGCUGUGUGGCCUGGAUCUCUCUCAGCCCUGCCCUCGCCACUGCAUCUGUUACACUUCACCUAGCACCGUGUCCUGCCAGGCGCACAACUUCCACGCCGUGCCUGAGGGCAUCCCUGCCCAGAGCGAGCGCGUCUUCCUGCAGAACAACAAGAUCCAGCGGCUGCUCCGCGGCCACUUCUCGCCCACCACCACCAUGUUGUGGCUUUACUCCAACAACAUCUCCUACAUACAACCCUCCACCUUCCACGGCUUCGACCGCCUGGAGGAGCUCGACCUCGGGGACAACCGGCACCUGCAGGCCGUCGCUUCAGACACCUUCCUUGGCCUGGGUCGGCUACACGCGCUGCACCUAUACCACUGCGGCCUGAUCACCCUGCCUCCGGGGAUCUUUGCGGGCCUCAAUAAUCUCCAGUAUCUCUACCUACAGGACAACCAGUUAGAGUUCCUGGAGGACGAUCUGUUCAUCGACCUUCUGAACCUCAGUCAUCUCUUCCUGCACGGCAAUAAACUAUGGAGCCUUCGCCAGAACACCUUCCGUGGUCUGGGGGUCUUAGACCGCCUGCUUCUCCACCAGAACCGAAUCCAGUGGGUUGACCGCCAGGCUUUCCAUGACCUGCGGCGCCUCACCACCCUGUACCUGUUUAAUAACUCCCUGACUGAGCUAUCCGGAUCCUGCUUGACUCUGCUGCCGGCCCUGGAGUACCUACGACUGAACGACAACCCCUGGGAGUGUGACUGCAAGGCGCUGUCGCUUUGGGAUUGGCUGCGGAGGUUCAGAGGCUCCACCUCCUCUCUGAUGUGCGUUUCGCCGCCGGAGCUGGCGGAGAAGGACCUGAAAUCAUUGAAGAAAGAGCAGCUGCCCAGUUGCCUGUCAGGCGAGGGUCAUGCACACGGAGCCCCAGGUGGGGAGACGGAGCCUGGGGAGUCUUUGAACCACCUGAAUCGUCACAGGAACCAUCACAACCACCAUCAGCGGCCGUACUUGCCCCACGGGGAUCAGUACAGCUUGCCUUCGCCCUCGCCCCUCCCGCGGCCACCUAAGGGAGGCCGCAGAAACUGCACCCGACGGGGCCGCAAGGCAAAAGGGGGGAUCAAUGAGGUGCAGGUACUACGGGAGGGGGGUGAGAAAGACUAUACUCCAGACGAAGGUAAAUAUGACCUGUCUGGAACUGCGAGGAGGAAGAACAAGUGCAUCCCCAGAACUUCAGUCGGCCCACCAAGUGGGGUCCAGAGAAUCAAUAAUAAAGCAGGGUCACACUUUGCAGAUUCUAUUUUCUGUUUACCAUCAGCUCUGCUGCUGUCACUCAUCUCUGUCAUCCUCCGCUGAGACAGGAAACGGACACUUUUGUGCUGGUGAUGCAACCUUAUGAUUCAUUCUCCUGAACCACCCUGCCCUGGCUCUUUAAAUGAGGCAUGUGUGCAUAACUGUGUGUGUGUGUGUGUGUGUACAUGACUGUGUAUAAAGAACAUUAUCAAAUAUCUACUGUCCAAAUAUCCCUGCAGUAUUAAAAGGCAGGAAUCUUUACGAGUCAUAAUCAAAACAUGGAAGUCAGGGAAAACAAUUUAGCCCGUUACUUUGAUGAUGUCACCAAGGGAAACAUCAGGAAAACUUUACAUUUGUCUCCGCGGGCAUCGAUUGCUUCACUAAAUUUGUGUACUUAUACAAACUCUACAGCCACAUGAAAAUAACAAGCCAAUGAUUCAUUCAAGUAAUAGCGAGAAGAACGCACAAUAAAAUCAAAUCAGUUCAAGGCCUCUUGACACAAUAGCGCUCUCUCAGUGCACCAUUCAUCUGUCACUCACGCUGAGACGAAGACUAGUCAUUCAUAACUGUCAUGACUGCUGCUGCUCACUCAACAGCACCUUAAGAUCCAGAAAUAAAGUACUGCACACAUAAGUGGCGGUAAAAUGAGUCAUAGCGGUAAUAACUACAAUCGCUAUAUAUCUACUACAUGUCUCGCAAGAAGGUGAACCCACUUUAAUGCAAAUCUGAAUCCUUUUAAACUCACCUGGAGUUAUGACACAUCUAUGACUCUAUAACUAACAAUUCUUCAAACUAGUCCUGUUAAAAAGGAGUCUGUUGUCCUUGCAAACCCAUCAACUUAAAAGCCAUUCAAAAGCCAACCUUCAUUAUAAAGAGCCAACCGGUCACAGUCAGUGUAAAUGAGCGAGUGAAUGAAUGUGUCACUGCUUGUAUGAGUGUGUGUCUACUAAAAAAAAAUAAACACUAAAGCCAUGCGGGUAGAGCGACACUAGAUAAGAGUGCCUAAUGAGAGCCAGUGGCCAAUGAGGGAUGGUUUCAUUCACUCUUCAACCUCUUCACCGGCUACAAAAACAGAGGCCUCAAUGAGCCUGAAAGGUCAACACGUGCAGGCCAAGGAACAGCUGAGGCCAGCGCCUGGCUCACUAAACUUCCAGAAACUGUUAUGUACUUUUCCUCUGUAACGCUGUGGAGGCCGAUGGGACAAAUAUAUAUCCUUCAAGCACAGAUCCAAAUAGCCACAGGAGGGUUUCAAAUGCCCUACAGUCAGGGAGCAGUCCUGAUGACCACCACAAUAUAUCUCCUGCAACGGUGUCAACAACUGUUUAAACUGGAAAACAACAGCAGUUGAGAAUCUGUGAUGAUCACCACGGGGCAAAGGAUACUAACAAACUUCUACUGCAUCUCUGUCCUCUCUAUUGCGCUCCAAAACAGACGGACUUGACGAGCCCCAAUUGGAGAGCUGGAUAUUAAUGCUGCUACGUCCAAGAAGGACCGCCACUUUCUGAGGCUCCGGAUUCUUCUUCAGGAAAUAUGACAAGGACAGAGAGAACUAUGGGACACCUGCAUGAACUGGAGCGGUUCAAGCACACACACACACACACACACACCCCUAAACGGAGCCCGAUCACCUUCACAGCCUUCCUGUCACACUGCAAAACUACUAACCCCCCUGUCAGCCCAGGGCUUUCAAAUCCUACAGCAAGAGCACCACAGGUUUUGACUUUAGACCUGAACCAUUUCAUUCACUUAAAGUGCUCAACUACAAUAUGGUGAAUCCUGUACAGAUGCACACGGGCACAUCCGGGUACCUUAACUAGCCAGUAAUGCUUAUUUCUUAUAGCAUUACAGAGUUAUAAAUUCUAUUUUAAGAGAUGGAGCCGCCCUUGUAUGCAAAGGAUGACUUAUAAUCAUGACAUGCUGAUAAAAAAAAGCACAAGAAGUUAUUAGUACGGUUUGCUGGCAAGCUAGAAAUGUGUGAUUUUGGAUGGGAAUCAAAGAGCAGGAGGCCACGUUUGUACCCUGCUUGUGAACGUUUCCUGCUGAGCCCCGCCUUUUACGUGUCUAUCUAUCUUAAAUGUUGGGGACAGAAACCGAAGCCUGUCACUGGUGUCAUUCUCCUGACAUGUAGGAUUAGAGACCCCUUCUGGUGAACUUGUUUGUGCUGCUGUGAAACCCAGAGGUGAUGUAAAUUGUGUCUGUUUAUUCCUGUGAGGAUGACUUUUUUUGUAA